AUGGAGUUGACCAAGGUUCUAGUGCUGUUUGCAGCUGCUUGGACCAUUUCCUUGACUUUGCCUGUACCAGUAUAUCAGAACAUAGCUUAUAAAAAUACUAUUGACCUAGAAAAGGAGAAUCGAACUGUGUUUGAACGUAUAGAAAUGGCAAACAAAGGUGUUAUCAGGCCUCUUUCUCAAGGUGACAUCGCUUUUAAACUUAGCCGAAGUUCUACAAAGUGUAAUCGGUGCCUCUGGCCGGCAUCCAAGAAUGGAACCGUUUUUGUCCCGUACACUAUAUCCUCUGAAUACUCUGCAGUGCAGAAAUUGCUUAUUACCAAUUCCAUAAAGCAGAUUGAACUCAUGACCUGUGUGAAGUUUAUUGAACGAUCAUCAGAAAAUGACUUUCUGAGUAUUGAGUCUGGAGAAGGAUGCUGGUCAUAUGUAGGAAAACAGUAUGGCAAACAGGUUCUGAGUCUGGCCAAGUCUGCUUGCCUUGGUUCUGGAAUCAUCCAACAUGAGCUGAUGCACUCCCUGGGAUUCUACCAUGAACAGAGCAGGAGUGACAGAGAUAGCUAUGUUGAUAUCAAUUGGCAGUACAUCAAUGAAGAGGAUUGGUACAACUUCAAGAUUGAGAACAAUGACACUCUGGACAUUCCAUAUGACUAUAAGUCAGUCAUGCAUUAUCAAAAUACUGCCUUCACCAACACAACUGGUAAACCCACCAUAGUUCCAAAACCUGACCCUACAGUAUCUAUUGGACAGAGCAUAGGGAUGAACUACUUAGAUGUGAUAAAACUUAACAAGCUCUACUAUUGCAAUGUCUGUCGCAUGAAACUAAGUAAUGCUUCCGGAUCCUUCUCUAGUGAUGACAUCUUCGGACAAGAUAGUAGUUGCAUCUGGUUUAUUGAAACGGAACCUUUCAAAAUGGUUCAUCUUCAGCUCAGUGGUCUUAAUAUUCCUUCUUCUGCUGGAUGCUCUAAGAGUUAUAUAAAGGUUUAUGAUGGGAACAGUAAGUCCUCUAAUGUUCUUCUGGACAAGACUUGUGGAGAUGGAGUAAUCCCACCACUUAUUUCUAGUGCAAACAACAUGUUGGUGGAAUUUGUGCACAAUCAGGGACCGGCUCUUAGCAGAUUUACUGCCAAAUAUAAAACAGUUUCCUACGGAGGAACUUUAUUAAAUAAAAAAGGAAUAGUAUUCUCUCCAUCCUAUGCUGCUCUGUACCCAAGCAAUUUAGAUGCUGAAUGGUCCAUUAUAGCCCCACCAUUGUCCAAGGUUUAUCUGGACUUCUAUGACUUUUGGGUGCAAGAAUGCCCAGCUUGUUCCUGUGACUCUCUGGCUAUAAUUGAUGGACCCAGCAUAACUUCCUCAGCCCAGAGCUUAUUCUGCGGUUCUGAUUUACCUCCCUCUUUUGUAUCAUCUGGAAAUAUGAUGGUAUUGAAAUUUCACAGCGAUAACAUGACACGCUCCAACGGAUUCAUUGCAUCAUAUUACUUUGAAAGUGAAAAACUGACCAACAUCUCUUUCUUACAGAAACUGACAACUGAUCUGGAAGACAAAGAGAGAAACAGAAUUGUACAUGUUUAG